AUGACCGACGUCGUGGAAGAGAAAUGGCUGCCGUGCCCGCUUUUUCUCUCAUCGCUAUCCCGCUACCGAGAUGAGCAUGUUAUUGACGUGAUGAAGUGUGCGCUGCGGCGCACCCAGCCAGUGCUGGAGAGGCCUGGUCGAUCACGACAGGUGAUGGAGGCCAGCAAUAAUCUUGCUGCUUCCCCGUACAGUAUGCGGUGUAUACAUGACUUGGGCGUCGUGUACACCAGCGAGGGUCAGUGGGAGAAGGCUGCCAACGUGAUGCUUCGAGGAUGGAAGCGCGCCGACGAGAUUGAGGAUGAGCAUGUUCGCUUCCGCUUCCUGAUGAAGCUGUGUGAAACUUCUUUCAGAAUAGGGAAGCCGCUGCAGGCCUUCGCAGUCCUGAAAAGCAUCGAUCCUCCAGCAAGCAAGGAGGACAUGCCGGCAUUCCAAGUAAUGUGA